AUGUUGUUGUAUAUAUCCAGUCAGUUAUGUCUGUACAAAUCUCUCUGCAUCUGGUCGGCUCUGUCCGUACCAGUCUCCCUGCAUCUGGUCAGCUCUGUCCGUACCAGUCUCCCUGCAUCUGGUCAGCUCUGUCCAUACCAGUCUCCCUGCAUCUGGUCAGCUCUGUCCGUACCAGUCUCCCUGCAUCUGGUCGGCUCUGUCCGUACCAGUCUCCCUGCAUCUGCUCUGUCCAUACCAGUCUCCCAUCUGGCAUCUGGUCAGCUCUGUCCUGGUCGGCUCUGUCCAUCAGUCUCCCUGCAUCUGGUCAGCUCGGCUCUGUCUGCAUCAGUCCUCGUCUCAUCUGCAGUUCUGGUCAGCUCUGUCCGCAUCGGUCUCUCCCCUGCAUCUGGUCAGCUCUGUCCGUACCGGUCUCCCUGCAUCUGGUCGGUCUCCCUGCAUCUGGUCCUGUCCAUCGGUCUCCCUGCAUCUGGUCAGCUCUGUACCAGUCUCCCUGCAUCUGGUCAGCUCUGUCCGUACCGGUCUCCCUGCAUCUGGUCAGCUCUGUCCGUACCGGUCUCCCUGCAUCUGGUCAGCUCUGUCCGUACCGGUCUCCCUGCAUCUGGUCGGCUCUGUCCAUACCGGUCUCUCUGCAUCAGUCACUCGGCUUCAUCUGUUCCAGUUCCUCUGCAUCUAAUUGAUACUGUCUGUACCAGUCUCUCUGCCUAUCUAUCCUACAAGCUCAUGCUCAACAUAUUUAUCAUUGCAAGAGUGUAG